GUGGGCGUUCUGUAGCGGGACGAGAGGGGUCUCCUGAGUUAUUUCGGCUCGAGCGCAGUGAGAUGUGUAGCGCAACACAGUGAUACCUGCUAAUAUCAUUGGAUACAAAUUUGGAAAACAAGUGCUUUAGUUUGGAAUAAAACGUCUUUGUGGUUAUCCAAGUGAUCGGACAAAGGCAAGCGUAACGAGUUUCCCAAACUUUAGAUAGAGAGGAGUGUAAACCUGUUUUCUACCUCUACAUUAGGACCCCGAGAGCUGCUGCAUAAAGAGUGGAUUCUGUUUUUGUUGGAUUUUAAUCUGGACUUCAAAUUAAACACAUUAUUUUCCUAAAAUUUCUUCAAACAUUUUUGCUGCAACUGUUUUUAUUGAGUAGAGAGCCUGUGACCGAUGCACGGGUGACUUCACCUGUCAUGCGGAAUACAAACUGUAGGAAUAUGAAAUCGUUUCCGGAUUAAGCCUGCGGUGACAGUUGUUACAUUUAUUGGCGCGUGACCUAACCGCAAGUAAAGAGGAAAUUCAAUUUUCAACUCAUGUAAUUGUAAAGCUCGGUGAAUGAUUUACAAUUCGACCUCUAGACCCUCGACUUGGUGCUUUAGUCCAUCUUUCGAAAUCCUCACACAUGUUUAAUUGAUUCGUUGGAUUAAACAACAGUGAACGUUUAUUUAGAUUUUUCCCGGACCUUUACUGCAUUUAUAAUCACCAUGGUUCAUUCGAAAGGUGCUCAUGCUGUUGGAACAGAAACUUGUGGUCUGGAAUGAAACUUGUCGGUGAUUUAUAGAACAGAGGACUCUGGGCAUGCUGCUGGAGCAAUUACUCUCUCCUGGGAUUUCAUAUUUCCGAGAUGCAGUCAUAAAUUAAAGGAAGGACUGAGCUGAGAAAAUACUCAAGUUCACAGCACACAGUGCAAUUUUUCUACCUAUAUUUCUUUCUGGAAAUAUCCCACUUUCCAAUGGCAACCACAGUAAAACCCCCGCUAUGCGGUGUCGUCCGUUGGCUGCUCGUGCUGCUCCUCUCCCAGCUGCCCCGGCUCGCGCAAACUGCCUCCAAGGAUAUAGUGUGUGAGCCCAUCACGGUGCCCAUGUGUAAGGGCAUCGGAUACAACCUCACCUACAUGCCCAACCAGUUCAACCACGACACCCAGGAGGAGGUGGGAUUGGAGGUCCAUCAGUUCUGGCCCCUGGUCCGCAUCCACUGCUCGCCAGACCUGCUCUUCUUCCUGUGUUCCAUGUACACCCCUAUCUGUCUGCAGGACUACAAGAAGCCCCUGCCCCCCUGCCGCUCUGUAUGUGAGCGGGCCAAGCGAGGCUGCUCCCCCCUCAUGAUCCAGUAUGGUUUUGAGUGGCCAGAGAGGAUGAGCUGUGAGCAGCUGCCUCAGCUGGGAGACGAGACUCUGUGUAUGGACCAGAACAGUAGCGAGACCACCACCCUUUCCCCUCCCUUGCCCAAACCCACCCCCAAAGGCACCCGCCGAAGGCAGCCUGCCCCCAAGCCCCCCGCCCCCCAGGAGUGUGACCGGGACUGCCGUUGUCGGGACCCUCUGGUGCCUAUCAAGAAAGACGCCCACCCCUUAUACAACCGGGUCCACACUGGCCCUGUGGAUAACUGUGCCCAGCCGUGCCACCACCCUUACUUCUCCCAGGACGAACGCACCUUCGCCACCUUUUGGAUCGGCCUGUGGUCCAUCCUGUGCUUCGUCUCCACCCUGACCACUGUUGCCACCUUCCUCAUCGACAUGGAGCGCUUUCAGUACCCUGAGAGACCCAUCAUCUUCCUGGCUGCCUGCUACCUUUUUGUCUCCCUGGGCUACAUUAUACGACUAGUGGCAGGUCACGAGAGGGUGGCGUGCGCAGGGAGUGGAGACCAGCAGCACAUCCUAUAUGACACCACUGGCCCACCCCUGUGUACCCUGGUCUUCCUGCUCAUCUACUUCUUCAGUAUGGCCAGCUCCAUCUGGUGGGUGGUGCUCUCCCUCACCUGGUUCCUGGCCGCGGGCAUGAAGUGGGGCAACGAGGCGAUUGCUGGUUACUCCCAGUACUUCCACCUGGCUGCCUGGCUGAUCCCCAGCGUCAAGUCCAUCGUGGUCCUCGCUCUGAGCUCUGUGGACGGAGACCCAGUGGUGGGGAUCUGCUACGUGGGGAACCAGAGUCUGGAGAGCCUGCGGGGGUUUGUGUUAGCUCCCCUGGUGGUCUACCUCUUCACCGGCUCCCUGUUCCUCCUAGCGGGCUUUGUGUCUCUGUUCCGCAUCCGCAGCAUCAUCAAACAGGGAGGGACCAAGACAGACAAACUGGAGAAGCUGAUGAUCAGGAUCGGAUUGUUCACGGUGCUUUACACAGUUCCUGCUACUAUAGUAGUAGCCUGCCUGGUGUACGAGCAGCACUACAGGCCUGGUUGGGACCGGGCUCUAUCCUGCUCCUGUCAGGCUGAGAGACAGAGGCUGGGCCUGGGGCCCGACUACGCCGUCUUCAUGUUGAAAUACUUCAUGUGUCUGGUGGUGGGGAUUACGUCCGGCGUGUGGAUCUGGUCCGGAAAGACCCUGGAGUCGUGGAGGAGGUUCACCGCUCGCUGCUGCCUCUGCUGGGCCUCCAAGCCCACCGCACCCCCCUCCAUGUACAGCGAGGCCAGUACGGCCCUCACAGGACACCCCAGUGCGGCCCUGUCACCAGGGUCCUACCACAAACCUGCCCUGCCCUCACAUGUGUGAACGGGACCCUAGAGGGUAGAGAGGCCACGAAUGCACGUGUCCAGUGAUAGCCCCCUGUCCUAUGUGUGACUGGGAACGUGCCUCACCUGGAAAUUGGACAAGAUGGUGACUGUGAUAAAAACACCAUACAGCUCUCUGGAAGGAAAAGGGACAGAGGACAAGGAGAUAACCAAGUAAUUCCACAGGUUCUAAAUAGAACAUUUAUCGACCAGCCUCACUAGCUCUUCUUGGAACAUGAAGAACAGACACAAAUGUGUUUUAACAGGAAAGAAAUGGGACGUUUGUAUCAUAUGAACUCUGUGGUACUUCUGAUGCGCCGUGCUGCUUUGGUAAAGUACCACUACUUCAAAAGAGCCACUAGAACAUUCUCUGAGAGGGGGAAAAUGGAGAUGUGUUUUUAUGUGUAUAAACUAGUACUCCUGUCAAUCUAUCGGGACCAUUAGAGAUGACUCAUUAUUUAUUCCUGUAUACAUUACCAGUCAAAAAUUUGGACACACCUACUCAUUCAAGGGUUUAAAAAAAAAUAUUACUAUUUUCUACAUUAUAGAAUAAUAAUGAUGACAUCAAAACUAUGAAAUAACACAUAUGGAAUCAUGUAGUAAACAAAAAAGUGUUAAACAACUCAAGAUAUUAUUUUAGAUUUUAGAUUCUUCAAAGUAGCCACCCUUUGCCUUAAUGACAGCUUUGCACACUCUUGACAUUCUCUCAACCAGCUUCACCUGGAAUGCUUUUCCAACAGUCUUGAAGGAGUUCCCACAUAUGCUGAGCUCUUGUUGGCUGCUUUUCCUUCAAUGUUUGGCCCAACUCAUACCAAACCAUCUCAAUUGGGUUGAGGUCGGGUGAUUGUGGAGGCCAGGUCAUCUGAUGCACCACUCCAUCACCCUCCUUCUUGGUUCAACAGCCCUUACACAGCCUGGAGGUGUGUUGGGUCAUUGUCCUGAGUCCCACUAAGUGCAAACCAGAUGGAAUGGUGUAUCACUGCAGAAUGCUGUGGUAGCCAUGCUGGUUAAGUGUGCCUUGAAUUCUAAAUAAAUCACAGUGUCACCAGAAAAGUACCACCACACCUCCGCCAUGCUUCACGGUGGGAACCACACGUGUGGAGAUCAUCCGUUCACCUACUCUGCGUCUCACAAAGACACGGCGGUUGGAACCAAAUAUCUCAAAUCUGGACAGAUUUCCACUGGUCUAAUGUCCAUUGCUCAUUUCUUGGCCCAAGCAAGUCUCUUCUUGUUGGUGUCCUUUAGCAGUGGUUUAUUUGCAGCAAUUCAACCAUGAAGGCCUGAAUCACGCAGUCUCUUCUGAACAGUUGAUGUUGAAAUGUGUCUGUUACUUGAACUCUGUGAAGAAUUUAUUUGGGCUGCAAUUUCAGAGGCUGGUCACUAAUGAACUGAUCCUCUGCAGCAGAGGUAACUCUGAGUCUUCCUUUCCUGUGACGGUUCUCAUGAGAGCAAGUUUCAUCAUAGUGCUUGAUGGUUUUUGCGACUGCACUUGAAACUUUAAAAAUUCUUGAAAUUUCCCGGAUUGACUGACUUUCAAGUCUUAAAGUAAUGAUGGACUGUCGUUUCUCUUUGCUUAUUCAAGCUGUUCUUGCCAUAAUAUGGACUUGGUCUUUUGCCAAAUAGGGCUACCCCCUGUAUACCACCCCUACCUUGUCACAACACCACUGAUUGGCUCAAACGCAUUAAGGAGGACAAAAAUUCUACAAAUUAACAUUUCACAAGGCACAACUGUUGAUUGAAAUAGUGACUACCUCAUGAAGCUGGUUGAGAGAAUGCCAAGAGUGUGCAAAGCUGUCAUCAAGGCAAAGGGUGGCUACUUUGAAGAAUCUCAAAUAUAUUUAUCUUUUUUAACACUUUUUUGGUUACUACAUGAUUCCAUAUGUGUUAUUUCAUAGUUUUGAUGUCUCCACUUUUAAUUUACAAUGUAUAAAAUAGUAAAAACUAAGAAAAACCCUUGAAUGAGUAGGUGUGUCCAAACUUUUGACUGGUACUGUGUAUGAUGCUCUAUAAAUAUUAUGGAUUGAGCUGGCCCAGAAUGCCCCCAUUAUCCAGGGUACUGUGAAAACAAAACAACUCGAGGAACACUAAUGAAAAUAUAGAUUUUUUAUUUUCAGCAUGAUCCCCAGUGAUUUAAAUCACAAUAUUCUGUAUGAAUCAAGUACAUAUGUGGUAUGGAUGUGUUUGUAUGCUGCUCGAGUUGAAUCAAUCAGUAUGUACCAAUGCACGAAAUCUUUGCCAUAUUAUGCCUGGUAAAUAAUCCAGCUUGUUUGACUGGCCGGUCUGUCAACAUCCCAGUCAGUCAAUACAAUAGUAGGAUGAGGACCUCUAGCCCAACUGUUGACCAGUUGCUGGACUGGAGUUACAGUAAAACAGCCUCCCAAGAUGUAAUCAGAGUAUGUAUGUGGAGCAAUGUACCAGUAAACAACAGUUAUGAAGUCUAUACUUUUCACAAACAAUGUAUUAUUUUAUUUUAGAAAUCAAUGUCAAAGGUAAACUCUAAAAACCACAAGCCCCAUAACAGCCAUUGCAGUAAAUGUAGUGCUUUGGAAUAGCCUUGAUACUGAACAUGUUGUAAAGUGGUUUGGAGGGACUACUGUCUGUCAGAUCAGUCUCCCAGGCCAGAAGAGAGUCGUCUCAAAGGGCACCUGGCUUUUGCUCAGUGAGUCCUUUGCCAUUGUGUUACUGCCUCUAGUGGUACACACAGGAACUGUUCACACCAACCCAAUGGUGAACGUAUGUAUCUCUUAGGGCUUUGUAUACAUUUUCAAUGACCGUGUCAGUACUUAUCUUGUGUGUUUUACAAGUCAGAAGUUUACAAAAAAAGGCAAACCAUAUCUUUUCAA